AUGAUAGAGUCGACUCCUUUGAAUGGAAGGAUGACCCGAUGGAAAAUUCUGCUAUCCGAAUUUGAUAUAGUCCAUGUGAAUAAAAAAGCUAUAAAAGAGAGCGCAAUAGUAGAUUUUCUGGCCAAAAGAGCUUUAGAAGAUUACGAGCCUUUUAACUUUAAUUUCCCGAAUGAAGAUUUAAUGUAUGUUGCAACUACUGAAGAAGACUCUCAAGAAGGUAAUGCCUCAAAUGCUGUGGGUAACGGAAUUGGAGUAGCCCUGGUAUCCCCAAAUAGAGAUCAUUAUCCCUUCACUAGUAAAUUGGAUUUUGAUUACACGAACAAUAUGGUAGAAUACGAAGCAUGCACCAUAGGCAUCUGUGAAGUCAUAGAGCGUAAGAUCAAAGUGUUAGAGGUAUAUGGGGAUUCUGCACUAGUGAUCUAUCAACUCAAAGGUAAGUGGGAGACGAGAGACCUCAAGUUGAUUAAUUAUCGAAGGCUGGUUCUAGAGCUAAUUAAAGAGUUUGAUGACAUCACCUUCUGCUAUCUUCCGCGAGACGAAAAUCAAAUGGCUGAUGCUUUGGCUACCUUGGCUUCAAUAGUUAAAGUAAAUAAAUAA